AUGGCGCUGUACGGAACUUCUGACGCUUUAAUGUGCAGGGCAUUCCCGACGACUCUGUGGGGGCCAGCCCACGCAUGGUACAGCGGCCUGAAGCCCGGGACCGUCGCCUCCUUCGAUCAGCUCGCCAAGGAUUUCGAGCUUAACUUCUUGGCCUACGCCCGACCGAAACCGUACAUGGCGCUGCUCCUCGGGCUCAACAAGAAGGAGGACGAGCCCCUCUCCCAUUUUGUGAACCGCUUUACGACGCAGAUCCGUGGAUUAUCGGAUGCUCACCCCUCUCUCUUAAUGCAGACAUUCAUGACAGGCCUGCGGCCCUCCAGGUUCUUCUGGUCGCUCGUAGAGCGGCCCCCCGCCGCGAUCCCCGAAAUGCUCCAGCGUGCCAGUCAAUUCGUCGCCGCGGAGUCUUGGAUAGCUGGGAAGCGGGAGGAUCACAAAAACGUCAAAUCAGAGCCGUCCCGAUAG